AUGAAUUGGUUCAACUCUCUACCCAUGGGGUCGAUUGACACAUUCGCCCGGUUGUCAACCCGGUUCACCAACCAAUUCGCCAUCAACAAACAAUAUGCCAAGACCCCGGCUCAUCUUUUCUCUAUAGUACAGAGAGAUAACGAGACGCUCCGCAACUACAUUAAGCGUUUCGUAGAGGCCGUCCACGAAGUCCCGAGUGUAGAGCAAGACAUGCUCUCCGGGAUUAUGCAGCAGAACUUGAAACCGGGUAGAUUCAAAGAAUCUAUCGCCGGGAGACCUCCAGGCAACCUAGAGGAGUUGCUGAAUCGAGCCGAAAAAUACGUCCGGAUAGAGGAAGCAUCUACCCAUGCUCCUCCUAAAAGGGAAAGGGAAGAUGACCGUCAAGACAAUAGGAGGCGCGAUGAUCGACGUCCACCACUUCCACCUCAAGGCCAACCCUCUUCCUCCUACAAUAGGUUCACUCCGCUAAACACUCGCCUCACGGAAAUCCUUCACGUGAUAGAACAGAAAGGUUUAGCAGAGCCUCCACGUCCUAUGCAGCCAAACGCAAAGCGAGAAAAGUCGGAUCGUUAUUGUCGAUUCCACAAGGACAUAGGGCAUACUACGGAGGAAUGUGCACAACUCAAAAUGGCGAUCGAGAGGCUGAUCAAACAAGGCCAUUUAGGCGAAUACAUUGAUAAGCCUCGAAAUAAGCGCCGUGAUGAUCCUCCACGCCGAGAUAAUAAUCGAGAUCAACAGCAAAGGCGAGAGGAUGGGGGUCACCGACGUGACCUAGAUAACAACGAUAACCAACCCACUCGCGGAAUCAUCUCCUUUAUCUCCGGAGGACCAGCGGGCGGCGACUCGCAAAAUGCAAGACGCACCCUCGCUCGAUCAGCGCGCAUGAAUCAAGAACGUGCUUCUCCAUCCACACGCAUCUAUCAAAUACGAAGACCUGAUCAUAGCAUAGUCUUCAACUCCUCCGACCUUGAAGGUCCAAAUGAAGAUCAUGUCGACGCAUUGGUAGUAACAACAACGGUGGCCAACUUCUUGGUCAAGAAGAUAUUAGUGGACGGUGGGAGCUCAGCUGACAUCAUGUACCUCCACGCUUUUAAGCAGCUGGGCAUAGAUAAUGCCCGGUUUAAUCCCGUCUCCACACCCCUGAAAGGAUUCACAGGAGAAGGCAUUUUAUCCAUGGGAGAAGUAGAGUUGCCCGUCUCUUUAGGGGAAGACCCUUGUCGAAUCACCAAGCUAAUCAAAUUCCUCAUCGUCGACAAGCCAUCUCCCUACAACGUCAUCUUAGGGAGGCUAGCCAUCCAUACAUUCAAGUCCGUACCUUCCUCCUACCAUCAGAAGUGGAAAUUCCUGACCCCCUAUGGAAUGGGGGAAAUACUUGGAGAUAGACGUCUCGCCCGAGAGUGCUAUGCAAGGGCCUUACGAGAACCUUCCAAGAAGCCUAAACCAUCCGGAAGGGGAGACGACACCCAAAAAUCCGACCAACGGAAGUGGGUCAAUGCGAUCAUUGAGGACAAUAAAGAAAUCCUCAUCAGUGUACCAGACGAUAGCAUCAAGCUAGCGGCUGUCGAAGAGCUUAAGCUCAUAGAGCUCACACCUGGAGAUGAUUCCAAACUCCUACGCAUCGGAUCCGAUUUAGAUCCUGAGAUGGAGAAGCAAUUAGUCAAAUUCUUACGGCACAAUGGAGACGUGUUCGCUUGGAAAGCUCAAGAUUUGUCAGGCAUCCCCUCUCAUGUAGCUCUACACCGGCUUAACAUCGACAAAAGGUUGAAGCCGAUCAAACAAAGAAAACGAACGUUUGGACCCGAACGCAACAAGCACAUCAAGGCAGAAGUAACGAAACUUCUAGACGCGGGUCAUAUACGGCCAGUUCAGUAUCCUGAAUGGUUGUCGAACGUAGUACUCGUUCCCAAACCCGGAGGAAAGUGGAGGUUAUGCGUGGAUUUCACUGACCUCAACAAAGCUUGUCCUAAGGACCCAUUUCCCUUACCUAGAAUCGACCAACUCAUCGAUUCAACUUCGGGAUGUGAGCUCCUCAGCUUCCUUGACGCUUAUCAAGGAUAUAACCAAAUCUUGCUCGCACCAGAAGAUCAAGAGAGGGCUAGCUUCAUCACAGACCAAGGCAUCUACUGCUAUCGAGUCAUGCCUUUCGGAUUAAAAAAUGCGGGAGCCACUUACCAACGUCUAGUGAAUGCCAUGUUCGCAGAUCAGAUCGGUAAGAAUAUGGAGGUGUAUAUCGACGACAUGCUCGUCAAAAGUGUCAAGGUCUCGGACCACCUAACUGAUCUAGAUCAGUGCUUCGCUACCCUGCGAAAAUAUAAAAUGAAACUCAACCCCCUCAAAUGCUCGUUCGGAGUUCGGGGUGGCAAAUUUUUGGGAUACAUGAUUUCCCAGCGGGGAAUCGAAGCUAAUCCCGCAAAAAUCGAAGCAAUUACCUCCAUGCCUCCACCGACAUCUAUCAAGAAAGUCCAACAGCUUAACGGUUGUUUGGCAUCUUUGAAUAGAUUCAUUUCUCGAUCAGCGGACAAAGCCCUCCCCUUCUUCAAAAUUUUAAGGGGAGGAAAGAAAUUUGAAUGGGAUGAAGCAUGUCAAAAGGCAUUCCUUGAGCUGAAGUCGUACCUAGCAUCCCCACCCCUACUCACAAAGCCUCAGCCCGGAGACACCCUCCUACUAUACUUAGCUACCUCAGCUAAUGCCGUCAGCGCAGUCCUCAUCCGAGAUGGAGGAAAAGGCCACCAACCCAUAUACUACAUAAGUCGCGCCCUCCAAGGAGCCGAACAACGCUACACCAACAUGGAGAAACUCGCUCUCGCCCUCAUCAACGCAGCUCGGAAGCUUCGACCUUACUUCCAGUCACAUCAAGUGGUGGUUCUCACCCAUUAUCCUCUGAAGCAAAUACUAAGGAGUCCUGAGACAUCCGGAAGAUUAGCAAAAUGGGAGAUAGAGCUAAGCGAAUAUGGGGUCGAAUUCAAACCCCGCCCUGCUAUCAAAGCGCAAGUAUUGGCGGAUUUUCUAGUCGAAAUGACUUCAGUAGAAGAAAGCACUUCUUCACCUACUUGGUCUGUCAACGUCGAUGGAUCUUCCACUGCCACAGGAGGGGGAGCGGGUAUCGUCCUAACGAACCCUGAUGGAGAUGAGUUCGAAUAUGCUCAACGAUUCGAAUUCACAGCCUCAAACAACGUCGCUGAAUACGAAGCCCUGAUAGCGGGAAUCCGCCUCGCCCUAGCAGCCGGAGCGCGCAAGCUCCUAAUCCAAAGCGAUUCUCACCUCGUCGUUAACCAAGUACUCGGAGUUUACGAGGCCAAAGAAGACAUCAUGGCCAAAAACUUAGCUCUCGCGCACACUCUCUUAUCUAAAUUCGAGAGCUAUGAGAUAAAACAAGUACCUCGCUCCAAUAACGUCCAUGCAGACAAAUUAGCUAGGCUAGGAAGCUCCAUGGCCAGCAUCGGAAGUCGGAAGGUGACGCUCCUCACCUCACCUCAGCCGGAGAUAAAUUCGCCUACUGAAGUACACUACACCGAGGAGGAUGAACCAUGCUGGUUCACUCCAAUUCUGAAGUAUCUCAAGAAGGGGGGAACUUCCAACGGAUCCCACUGA